GUAGGAAGUACGCAAACUCUACAAGUGGCAUCUCUUCCUUCGCACCGACUACAGAGAAGAAGAAAAAGAAGAAACAACAAUGGCCGUUUCAUACACAGAAGCUAACAACCUCACCACAGCACCGAUACCGUGCUCUCCGAAUUACAACUCGUCCAACUCUAACAGUACCAAUACCGCCACCUUAUCAUUCUCCGCCGUGCAACUCCCCCACCUCACCGACUACCUUCGUGACCUCCAAACCCGCACCAACCCUUUAGAGCACAACCCAUUCUACCACCCCUCCGACGGAUUCUACAUCACCGACUCCGAUGUAGUCCUCCGCCAUGUCGUCCACGACCUCUCCUCCCCUUCCCAUUCCGCCGCGUACCACCGUGCCGGUCCGCGCAACCGGGUCUUCCUGGACCAACCUUCACGGACCCGGGCUGCCAUCGUCACCUGCGGUGGACUCUGCCCGGGUCUGAACACCGUCAUCAGGGAACUCGUUGUGGGCCUCUGGGACCUCUACGGGGUGCGACAGAUAUUCGGGGUGAAGGCAGGGUACAGAGGGUUCUACUCCUCGGAGCCCGUGGAGCUGAAUCCCAAGCUGGUCGACAACUGGCACAAAAAUGGCGGCACUGCGCUUGAGACUUCCAGGGGAGGUUUUGAUCUCCAGAAGAUCGUCGACGGUAUACAGGAUCAUGGCUUUAACCAGGUGUACAUCAUAGGCGGGGAUGGCACAAUGCGUGGAGCUGUGAAUAUACUCGACGAAAUCCGUCGACGGAGACUGAAUAUUUCAGUCACCGGGAUCCCAAAAACCGUCGACAACGACGUUGGCAUCAUCGACAGAUCAUUCGGGUUCCAGACAGCAGUAGAAAGGGCACAGGAAGCAAUCAGUGCAGCUCAUGUUGAGGCCGAGAGUGCAGUCAACGGAAUAGGCCUCGUGAAGCUAAUGGGUCGAAGCACAGGCCACAUUGCGCUUUACGCAACAUUGAGCAGCCGCGAGGUCGACUGCUGCUUGAUUCCCGAAAUCGAUUUCUACUUGGAAGGACAAGGAGGGCUGUUCGAAUUCCUUGAACAGCGAGUGAAGGAAAAUGGGCAUGCAGUAUUAGUAGUUGCUGAGGGAGCAGGCCAGGAUCUGAUUCCAAGAAAAGAUGCACAGACGUCGGAGAAGGAUGAAUCCGGCAACCCAGUACUCUUAGAUGUCGGCGGCUGGUUGAAGUCGGAGCUGAAGAAAUGGUGGGCAAGAGAGCACCCAGACGACCUUUUUACAGUGAAAUACAUAGAUCCAACAUACAUGAUUCGUGCUGUUCCUGCGAAUGCUACGGAUAAUCUUUACUGCACGCUUCUAGCUCACUCGGCCAUUCAUGGAGUUAUGGCAGGGGACACUGGAUUUGUUUCUGGUCCUGUUAAUGGAAACUAUGCGUAUAUUCCGCUGGAGGAGGUGGCACAGGCGAAGAAUGAAGUGAACACAAAGGAUCACAAAUGGGCAUGGGUUAGAUCUGUCACCAACCAACCGGAUUUUGUGAGGAACCAGACAUUGAACCAUGCAGACAUAUCGUGAAAAGCAUCAAUUUCCUGGCUCUUUGUGCAUGGGAGCUUAUCUUGAGUUUGUUUUCCGAACAAGAACGAUAAAUAUAUGAAACACGAGCAAUGUUGUCCGAAUUGUUUAAAUGGAUGAUAAACAAUAUGAUAUAUUUUAUGUGUCUAUUU